AGCAGCCACAUCUCAGCCUUCUUAGAAUGUCCAAUCCUUUUCAUAAUUUAACCGCUUGCUCUGCAUAAUUACUUUUCUUCUGCUUAUGAGCUUAGAGCAAUAGUAGUUCCCAAUAACUAGAGAUUUAAUAAGGCUAAAUUAUGAGUGUCCUGCAGAAUUACACACCGCAUUAACACCAAAUGAGUUCAUUAGAAAUUCAUUAGGAAUGAUUCCUGCGGCUGCCACAGGAAUUAAUCACGGUUUGCCAGCAGCAGGAGAGGGGGCAAUGAAUGCAUGGGAGCUGGACGACCUUUUGCCAUCUGACUUUCUCCUGAAGCAAUAUCUUUCAAGGGUCAUGGGCUGCUUUGGUAGGGAGGUUGCUUGGAUGUUGUUAGACAUGCCUCUCAAUCUUCUUCCUUCUUCCCAGCCACUGCCCUAGAUCAAACCUGUAGAUGUUGGAGUCGGACCCUUUUUCUGUCCUGGGGAGCUGAGAAGUCAUCAUGGGCACUUAUAUUCUUGCCUGCCCAGUAUCCUUUCUCCCUUCUUCUGUCAGUGUACUUCUGUGUUUCUUGGAGAGCUACUCCUUGAAGAUGCUGCUGCAUGUGGGUCUCUGUGGGACUAUCAGUUAAGAGCCUCCACCUGCCUCACCCACCCCCAGAGGGAAUACAUGUCCUCGGCUGAGCCCAUUGGGCUUUCUCUCCUGGUAUUUUUUAGUAGCUGAUAUUUAUGAAGUGCUUGCUAGGUGCUGACCCCCUUUCUAAGGGUCUUCAUGUACUGAGCAUCCAACCCUCCCAUUGCCAGUUAAGGAAGUGGGCUUUAUUUUUAAUUCUAUUCUGUCAACGAGGACACCCAAGUACAGAGGUUAAGUGACUUGUCCAAGUGACAGAGCCUGUAACUGUCCAAGCUGGUACUUUGAGUCAUGAGUGCAGUACUAUAAGGAUGAAGGAUUGUUGAAGGUAAUCAAUGGGAUGGCAGUGCCCUAGGGACUGUCCCUUCCUUCUUGCUCCCUGGUGCUAUGUGCUAUCUAGAGGCCUGGUGGUGGAGCUUUUUCAUCCCUUCUAUGAGUUACUCCAUACGUUUCCAAAAAUUUUAUUUUUUGGUUUGUCACCAAGAGUCAGUGUCUGCUACUUAGAUCUGUAAGAGCCUUGGCUGAUGCCUGAGCCAACCAACAGGUAUGUAAAGGCCCAGGUAUAGACACUGCACAGUUAUAGGCCCUGCCCUACAUAGGCCAAACAGAAACACACAGCAGGCUUCCUGCCUUCCAGCUGCUUAUAUCUCAGACAGAAAAACGAUGAUAACAAUUUCAUCCUGUGCCUUCCUGUGCAAGUUCUUUUUUUUUUUUUUUGAGAUGGAGUCUCCCUCUUGCCGCCCAGGCUGUGGUGCAAUGGUGUGAUCUCAGCUCACUGUAAACUGCGCUUCCUGGGUUCAAGCUAUUCUCCUGCCUCAGCUUCCCGAGUAGCUGGGAUUACAGGCACCUGCCACCACAACUGGCUAAUUUCUUUUUCCUUUUUGAGAUGGCGUCUCGCUCUGUUGCCCAGGCUGGAGUGCAGUGGCACAAUCUCGGCUCACCACAACCUCUGGCUCCUGGGUUCAAACGAUUCUCCUGCCUCAGCCUCCCAAGUAGGUGGGACUACAGGCACCUGCCAGCAUGCCCAGCUAAUUUUUUGUAUUUUUACUAGAGACGGGGUUUUACCAUGUUAGCCAGGUUGGUCUCGAUCUCCUGACCUUGUGACCUGCCCACCUUGGCCUCCCAAAGUGCUGGGAUUUCAGGCAUGAGCCACUGCGUCUGGCCCUACAACUGGCUAAUUUUUAUUUUUAUUUUUUGGAGACAGAGUUUCACUCUGUCGCCCAGGCUGGAGUGCAGUGGCACGAUCUCAGCUCACUGCAAGCUCCGCCUCCCGGGGUCACGCCAUUCUCCUGCCUCAGCCUCCUGAGUAGCUGGGACUAUAGGCACCUGCCACCAUGCCCGGCUAAUUUUUUUUGUAUUUUUAGUAGAGACAGGGUUUCACCAUGUUAGCCAGGCUGGUCUCGAUCUCCUGACUUUGUGAUUUGCCUGCCUCGGCCUCCCAAAGUGUUGGGAUUACAGGCAUGAGCCACCGCGCCUGGCCACAACUGGCUAAUUUUAAAAAUAUUUUUAGAGACAGGGUUUCAGCAUGUUGGCCAGGCUGGUUUUGAACUGCUGACCUCAAGUGAUCUGCCCGCCUCGGCCUCCCAAAGUGCUAGGAUUACAGGUGUGAGCCACUAUGCCCAGCCCUCCUAUGCAGGUUCUAAGUGGGAAAGAGCCAGGAUGGGAUGGAUUGGGAGCAGGAAAGAUUUCAUAGAAGGCACAUGAGCCGGGUAGAAUCUUUGGGGAGAGGUAACUGUCAUGGACACUCUUUGGGCACUUAUCCAGCCCACAGUCCCUUCUUCAAGAACUGUCCACCCAGAACAGUUGGCCCUCAUGGUCGAGAUGGUUGGUACCACAUGACCCUUUUGGUGGGAUCAAGCAUCUGUAUGCUUUUCUAUGUUUAGAGAAAUUUUCACUACAUGGGGCCCAGUGAAAGGUGGGCCCACCUUCUAGCACAAAUCUGAAAAGGCCAGUACUCAUGUCCCGUUUGUCCCAUCGCCUGAUGGCAAUGAGGGUGCAUGGCCAUGAGGUGGGCUCAGCCUCUGCAGCUCAUGAUACAAAUAAGCAGGGACAAGAGAAUCUAUUCUGGUGGUGGUGGCCAUAUUCUAUGCUCAGGGGAAUGGUGGCUGCAGGGUCCACAUGCAGUGCUACCCUUGAUAAGGGUGCAAACUGCCCAGUCCAGCCUUUGGCCGCAGAAUCCUUACAAAAUCAUUUCUGUGAUGUGAUUGUGGCUGUGGUUCUAGCUGUUUGUCCUCUCUUGUCUCUGUUUUCCAAGACUGAAAAGUCUGUGAUCCAGUCGAUAUCCUUUUGGUAAAUUUUUUUUUUGCUCAAAUCAGUUUCCAUAGAUUGCAAUGAAGAGCGCUGCCAUGAAGAGCUCUGCCUCCCUGCACAGAGCUGAUUGGACCAGAGAUGCCCACUUGACUCAGGAUAGGCCAAUCAGAUUAUUUCUCUUCUGACUUAGGUUCUGAGAGCUGUGUUGUCUGCGUGCACGUGGGUGAGCUGGAAAGGAGACCUUCAGAGAAUGAAACAGACACAGAAAGGAAAGCCUCCCAGCAGCAUGGCUUUCACCGGCAAGUUCGAGAUGGAGAGUGAGAAGAAUUAUGAUGAGUUCAUGAAGCUCCUCGGGAUCUCCAGCGAUGUAAUCGAAAAAGCCCGCAACUUCAAGAUCGUCACGGAGGUGCAGCAGGAUGGGCAGGACUUCACUUGGUCCCAGCACUACUCUGGGGGCCACACCAUGACCAACAAGUUCACUGUUGGCAAGGAAAGCAACAUACAGACAAUGGGGGGCAAGACGUUCAAGGCCACCGUGCAGAUGGAGGGCGGGAAGCUGGUGGUGAAUUUCCCCAACUAUCACCAGACCUCAGAGAUCGUGGGUGACAAGCUGGUGGAGGUCUCCACCAUCGGAGGCGUGACCUAUGAGCGAGUGAGCAAGAGACUGGCCUAAGCCCAGGCCCGGCCCAGGGAGCUACAAACCCACCAAUAAAAAUGAUAUAAGGACAGAUGCUGCUCGCUCCAGAACCUCUUUGUUUUUCUUUUCUUGUGUCUUGGGAUGGCCUCUGGCUGGGUGAGGGUGGGAAGGCCCCCAAGGGUGGCCACGUGGGCCACACAUUGACCCUGAGAUCCCUGUGGGAUUCAUGUCAUGGCGGAGGAAGACAUGAAUGUGGAUGACUGCAGUGCUCCUGCCCCCUGGGUGAGGCUGAAGGUGGUGCACAGGAAGCCCGGUGGGCACACUUCUCUGGCCCCUUCGCCCCACUCUGCCACUCACUACUCUGUGCUGCUUGAAGGCUCCUUUAUGGAGACAAAGUCAGCUGGGAAGGGCAACACAUUGAUUCUCAGAUGGGCCACAGGACAGGCAUAUCAGGACUUGGAGGUUGUGGGGUGGGAGCCGUACCUCUAGGAAGGGCCCCGGCUGCUGGGCUCCAAAGCUCAAAGUGGGGAUGGACCAGGGCUCGCCCAGGGAAGCCGUUUCAGCUUGGCCAGGGCUCUGCUGUUAUUCGCUGUGGAGCCAUCUCUUUGGUCCUCAGUUUACGCACUGAGGGGCACAAAGGGGGUCCAGGAGGACCAAUGAUGGGCUGAGGGGGAUCAGUGGUCUGUGAGAUGGCAAAGGGGCAGUGGGGGUGAUAGGAGGGACAGAAGGGACUGGAGUGUCCUGGUUUUGACUCAUAGGGCUUGGGCAGGGUGCCUGGGAAGAACUUCGAGAGGCUACUGGGGGCUGGGAAGGGAGGUGGGGGCGGGGUCACCCUGACAUCUGGUGCCUGGUGUCCUGGGUUGAGAAGCAUUCUGAAGCAGCAUUUGGGUUUGGCAGAUGUCCUGGGACAAUCUCUAAUCCAGAGUCCUGAAGGGGACUUUUUUCAUCCUCCUCUCUCCUUGGAAGUGUUAGCACAUCUGGGUACCACCUUGACUUCUUUUUUACCCAACAUUUUUCUUUUUCUUUUUCUUUUUUGAGAUGGAGUUUUGCCCUUGUUGCCCAGGCUAGACUACAAUGGCACGAUCUUGGCUCACCACAACCUCCGCCUCCUGGGCUGAAGCGAUUCUCCUGCCUCAGCCUCCCAAGUAGCUAGGAUUACAGGCAUGUGCCACCACGCCUGGCUAAUUUUGUAUUUUUAGUAGAGACAGGGUUUCUCCAUGUUGGUCAGGCUGGUCUCAAACUUCUGACGUCAGGUGGUCCACCCGCCUCGGCCUCCCAAAGUGUUGGGAUUACAGGCGUGAGCCACCGUGCCCGGCUACUCUAUAUUUUUCUAUGUGACAAUUCACUUAUUUUUACUAUAAUGGAAAAUCACGUCACUUCCAUACAUAGACAACCACUGCUAUUUGCCAUAAGUAGACUAAAACUAUUUAAAAAGUCGAAGCUGAACAAUGUUGACUUUUAGCUAGAUUCUGUUGCCUCCCUUUGUGAAAAGGGUGAGAGAGGUAAAAGACAUAGUGGUAUCAAAUGGGAAAAUUUAUCCUUAACUCAUCAAAAUUCCUGAGAGACUACUGAAAGGAGAACGUACUCACUAUAAGAAUUGAAUUACCGAAAGCAGGUAGUACUUACAUUUUUUCGAAUGCACAAGUCCCACACGUGAGACAUAAGGAAUAAGAUUUGUCCAGAGCUUUGCACAGGGUAUGGCACACAGAAGGGGCCUAAUAAAUGCUACCUGACCUAAGGUCCUUCCAGCUCUGUGCAAUUUGCAGCCUUUCACUCUUGUGGGCCAGCCUCAACCUGGACAGAUGUCAUGGCCCAGGUCACAGGCAGCCUUCUCUUGCCUCCUCCCACAUUCUACUCUGAAACCUUGUUUAUCUUUCUAAGAACAAUACACAGCCUCUCCCCACCCACCCAUCCAGCAAGGACCCAUGAAUUCCACCGUUUUGCCAAGACUUAUUACUAAUUAAGUGAACUAGGUAAGCAUUAAAUUAAACUAGCAGUGUUGCUGUUUCCCCUCCAGAAUGAAUAAUUACUCAUAAUGAGCUUGGAUAAUAAGUCUCUAAAUAACAGAGUUAACUAUAAUUAGGCUGAAAAUUGAGAGAAGGGGAGAGAGAGAAAGAGGAAGGAAGAGGAGAGAGAGAGAGAGGGAGGGAGGGAGAGACAGAAGAGAUAAGAGAGAAUUUUCACUCCUGUAAUUGAUUCAAGGACAAAUUCAAAUUGUUGGCAGGGGAGAAAUUCUUUUUUUUUUUUUUUUGAAACAGAGUCUUGCUCUGUCACCAGGCUGGAGUGCAGUAAUGUGAUCUCGGGUCACUGCAACCUCUGACUCCCUGGUUCAAGCCAUUCUCCUGCCUCAGCCUCAUGAGUACAGGCAUGCGCCACCAUGCCCAGCUAGUUUUUUGUAUUUUUAGUAGAGACGGGGUUUCACCAUGUUGGUCAGGAUGGUCUUGAUCUCCUGACCUUGUGAUCCCCAUGUCUAGGCUUCCCAAAGUGUUGGGAUUACAGGCAUAAGCCACAGGCCCCAGCCGGGGGAGAAAUUCUUAAGCCCGUAUUCUUAUAAACUCACAGAUUUAUAGACUAUGGAAAAGCAGGACCUCAGCUCUCAACUAGUUUAAAUUCUGUAUUUCACAGACGUGGAAACUGAGGAUCAGAGAGGAAAAUAAAUUCAUCCAAAGUCACACAGCAGAGAGUGAGUCUCUGAGAGUAGUAAUGCGGGUGUGGGCUUCACUCACUGAUGGAGCUACAGUUUCUCAGUGUGGGUAAAUGGAGUAAGGUGAGUUGGAGAAAAGCACCUACGUCACUGGCAUCUUGGCAGGGAGGAUUCCUCAGCCAGAAGAGCCGGUGGUUAAGAGCUUUGACUCUGGGCCAGGUGUGGUGGCUCACACCUGUAAUCCCAGCACUUUGGGAGGCCGAGACAGGAGGACCAUUUGAGCCCAGGAGUUCGAGAACAUAAGGAGACUUCCUCUCUACAAAAAAAUUAAAACAUUAGCUGGGCAUGGUGGCACAUGCCUGUGGUCCCAGCUACUUGGGGGGCUGUGGUGGGAGGAUAGAAUGAACCUGGGAAAGUCAAGGCUGCAGUGAGCCAUGAUUGCACCACUGCAUUCCAGCCUGGGCGACAGGGACCGUGUUUCAAAAAAAAGAGCUCUGGGGCCAGGCAUGGUGGCUCACACCUGUAAUCCCAGCACUUUGGGAGGCUGAGGCAGGUGGAUCAUCUGAGGUCAGGAGUUAGAGACCAGCCUGGCCAACACAGUGAAACCCCAUCCCUACUAAAAAUACAAAAAUUAGCCAAGUGUGGUAGCGCGUGCCUGUAGCUGACUACUUGGGAGGCUGAGGCAGGAGAAUCACUUGAAGCCAGGAGGGGGAGGCUGCAGUGAGCCGAGAUGUGCCAUCGCACUCCAGCCUGGGUGACAGAACGAGACUCCGUCUCAAAAAAAAAAAAAAAGAGCUUUGGUUUUGGAGUCACAUUACCAGGAUUUGAAUCUUUUCUUUAUCACCUAGUAGCUGUGUCACCUUGGGGUAAGUUCAUCCAUUUCUCUGAGCCUCAGUUUCCUCGCUUGUAAAUGGGAAUAACAACUGUACUUACCUAAUAGAGUUGCUACAAAGUCACUCAAUGUUAGCUUCUACCAUCACCUCCAUCAUCACAACCAUCACUCUCAGGUCAGUGCAAUCAAAGGGUUAGGAGUGCCUCUGUCACUAACUUGUGAGUCACUGGACCUCUCUGAGCCUCAUCUUGGUCAUGUGUAAAAUGAAUUAGUAAGACCUUCCCUUCCUUGGUCACAGAGGAGUUACAAGGAUAAAGGGUAAAAAUCCAUGCUUUGGGAGGCCAAGGGGGGCAAAUCAUUGAGCCAGGAGUUCAAGACCAGCCUGGGCAACAUGGUGAAACCCCAUCUCUACAAAAAAUACAAAAGUUAGCCGGGCAUGGUAGCACGUGCCUUUAGUCCCAGCUACUUGGGAGGAUGAGGUGGGACAAUCACCCAAGCCCGAGGAGGUCGAGGCUGCAGUGGCCAUCAUUAUACCACUGCAUUGUUGUCUGGGUGACAGAGUGAAAUCCCGUUUCAAAAAAAUUUUUUUAAUUUAUUUAUCCAUGCUCAUGACUCCCAGAAAGUUAGAUUGGCUUCAUUAUUUGCUGCACUGUGCAAGAUGCUGGAAGGACUUCCCAUUCCACAGACCUGGUUCAGGUGCCCUUUACCACAGGCUCUCCAUGACCUUCACCCUGACAUUUGGGAGUCACCUUUCCCACUCUGCCAGGGCACCUGCCUCCCUCCUGGCAAGCUCCUUUAGUUAACUUGGGAGCUACUCAUAGCAUCUUUAAAGAUCACCACUAGAGCUGGGCGCAGUGGCUUAUGCCUGUAAUCCAAGCACUUUGGGAGACUGAGGUGGGCAGAUCACUGGAGCUCAGGAGUUUGAGACCAGCCUGGACAACAUGGUGUAACCCUGUCUCUACAAAAAAAUGCAAAAAAUUUAGCUGGGUUUGGUGGUGGGCAUCUUUAGUCCCAGCUACUUGGGAGGCUGAGGUGGGAGGAUGGCUUGAGCCCAGGAGGCAGAGGCUGCAGUGCGCUGAGAUGGUGCCACUGCACUCCAGCCUGGGGGACAGAGCCAGACAAUGUCUUAAAAUAAAUAAAAAUAAAUAAAUAAAUAAAUAAAUAAAUAAAAAAAUAAAAGGCACUCUGCCACCCGCCUGCCAUUCCUUGGAUACCUGAUGUGUUUGGGCGGAAGGAGCAGUGAAAUCUUGAGUAAUUGGGCCUUCGUGUGGCUGUGUGUCACCCAGGGGUGACAUGGCAUGGCGAGACCUUCAGCCUCCACGAUCUUCAGUAUCCUCAUCUAGGUAAUGGUGAUAAUCCAACUAGCUCAUGGUGGCGUUGUGAGGGCAAAAGAGGAGUAAGGAUAAGAGCAUGAGGAAAGUGCCAAAGACAGGGCCUGCCACAGAGUAAGUGUGCACAAAGGAGCUAUUAAUGGCUCUUCUUUUUUUUUUUUUUUUUUUUU